UGGGCGGGCGUCCGCGUCCGGGACGUGGGAUGGAGCCCCGCGGAUUUCAGUUUUUCUGACUGUUCUGUGAAAGGAUGAUUGCUCAUAAACAGAAAAAGACAAAGAAAAAACGUAUUUUGUCAUCAGGCCAACUCUCUACCGAUGUCACAACUCCUGAAAUGGGGCUCAAGUCUCUAAGUUCCAAUUCCAUUUUUGAUCCGGAUUACAUCAAGGAGCUGGUGAAUGAUAUCAGGAAGUUCUCGCAUAUGUUACUAUAUUUGAAAGAAGCUAUUCUUUCAGAUUGUUUUCAAGAAGUCAUUCAUAUACGUCUGGAUGAACUUCUCCGUGUUUUAAAAUCUGUAAUGAAUAAGCAUCAGAACCUCAAUUCUGUUGAUCUUCAAAAUGCUGCAGAAAUGCUUACUGCAAAAGUAAAAGCUGUGAACUUCACAGAAGUUAAUGAAGAAAAUAAAAACGAUCUCUUCAGAGAAGUAUUUUCUUCCAUUGAAACCUUGGCCUUUACCUUUGGGAAUAUCCUGACAAACUUCCUUAUGGGAGAUGUAGGCAGUGAUUCAUUACUGCGACUGCCUGUUUCUCGGGAAAGUAAGUCUUUUGAAAAUGUUUCUGUGGAAUCAGUGGACUCAUCCAAUGAAAAAGGAAAUUUUUCUCCUAUAGAACUAGACAGCGUGCUGUUAAAGAACACUGAUUCUGUAGAAUUGGCUUUGUCUUAUGCUAAAACGUGGUCAAAAUAUACCAAGAACAUAGUUUCAUGGGUUGAAAAGAAGCUUAAUUUGGAAUUAGAGUCCACUAGAAAUAUUGUCAAGUUGGCAGAGGCGACUAGAAGUAACAUUGGAAUGCAGGAGUUUAUGCCACUGCAGUCUCUCUUUACCAGUGCUCUUCUUAGUGAUAUCAAGAACAGUCACCUUUUACAACAAACAAUUGCAGCUCUCCAAGCCAACAAAUUUGUGCAGCCUCUACUUGGGAGGAAAAAUGAAAUGGAAAAACAAAGGAAAGAAAUGAAAGAGCUUUGGAAACAGGAACAAAAUAAAAUGCUUGAAACAGAGACUGCUCUUAAAAAGGCAAAACUGUUAUGCAUGCAACGUCAAGAUGAGUAUGAAAAAGCGAAAUCUUCCAUGUUUCGUGCAGAAGAGGAGCAUCUGUGCUCAACUGGUGGAUUAGUCAAAAAUCUCAACAAGCAGCUAGAAAAAAAGCGAAGGUUAGAAGAGGAGGCUCUUCAAAAAGUAGAAGAAGCAAAUGAACUCUACAAAGUUUGUGUGACAAAUGUCGAAGAGAGACGAAAUGAUCUUGAAAAUACCAAAAGAGAAAUUUUAACACAACUCCAGAAACUUGUUUUUCAGUGUGAUCUUACCCUGAAAGCUGUAACAGUUAACCUCUUCCAGAUGCAACACCUACAGGCAGCCUCACUUGCAAGCAAUUUACAGUCUCUUUGUGAUACCGCCAAACUCUAUGACCCAGGCCAGGAGUACAGUGAGUUUGUCAAGGCCACAAAUUCAACUGAAGAAGAGAAAGUUGAUGGGAAUGUAAACAAGCAAUUAACAAAUAGUCCUCACACUUCUGGAUUUGGACCCACUGACUCAUUAGAGGAUGUAGUGCGCCUUCCUGACCCCUCUAGUAAGAUUGAAGAGGACAGAUGCUCCAAUAGUGCUGAUGUAACAGGUCCUUCUUUUAUAAGAUCAUGGACAUUUGGGAUGUUUAGUGACUCUGAGAGCACUGGCGGAAGCAGUGAAUCUAGAUCUCUGGAUUCUGAAUCUGUAAGUCCAGGAGACUUUCAUCGAAAACUUCCACGAACUCCAUCUAGUGGAACCAUGUCUUCUGCUGAUGAUCUAGAUGAGAGGGAGCCGCCUUCCCCUUCAGAAGCCGGACCCAACUCCCUUGGAACAUUUAAGAAAACAUUAAUGUCAAAGGCAGCUCUCACUCACAAGUUUCGAAAAUUAAGGUCCCCCACAAAAUGUAGGGAUUGUGAAGGCAUUGUAGUAUUCCACGGUGUUGAAUGUGAAGAGUGUCUCCUUGUUUGUCACCGAAAGUGUUUGGAAAAUUUGGUCAUCAUUUGUGGUCAUCAGAAACUUCCAGGGAAAAUACACUUAUUUGGAGCAGAAUUCACACAAAUUGCAAAAAAGGAAUCAGAUGGCAUCCCAUUUAUACUCAAAAUAUGUGCUGCAGAGAUUGAAACUAGAGCCUUGUGUCUACAGGGAAUUUACCGUGUAUGUGGAAACAAAAUAAAAACGGAAAAACUGUGUCAAGCCUUGGAAAAUGGAAUGCACUUGGUAGACAUUUCAGAAUUUAGUUCACAUGACAUCUGCGACGUCUUGAAAUUAUACCUUCGACAGCUCCCAGAACCAUUCAUUUUAUUCAGAUUGUACAAGGAAUUUAUAGACCUUGCAAAAGAGAUCCAGCAUGUAAAUGAAGAACAGGAGUCUAAAAAGGAUAACCCUGAGGACAAAAAGUGGCCGAGUACAUGUAUAGAGAUAAACCGAAUUCUUAUAAAAAGCAAGGACCUUCUAAGACAACUGCCAGUGUCAAAUUUUAACAGUCUUCAUUACCUCAUAGUUCAUCUUAAGCGAGUUGUGGAUCAUGCAGAAGAAAACAAAAUGAACUCCAAAAAUUUGGGGGUGAUAUUUGGCCCAAGUCUCAUUAGGCCAAGGCCCACAACAGCACCUGUCACCAUCUCCUCUCUUGCUGAAUACUCGAAUCAAGCGCGGUUGGUAGAGUUCCUCAUUACUUACUCACAGAAGAUCUUCGAUGGGUCCCUACAGCCACAGGAUGUAGUUGUGUGUAGCAUAGGUGGUGUUGCACCUCAUGUUGAUCAAGGCUGUCUUCCAAAGCCUCUGUUGUCACCAGAAGAAAGAGAUCCGGAACAUUCUACCAAGUCACUAUUUUUCUCUUCAAAGGAAGAUAUGCAUACCGUGGAGAGUGAAACCAAAAGUUUUGAGCGAGCUACAUCAUUUGAGGAAUCAGAACAAAAGCAAAAUGCAUUAGAAAAAUGUGCUGCAUGUCUCACUGACAACAAAUUGGGUUUGUUUGUAGACCAAGAGCUUGAAUCAGCAUCACAAAAGAUGGAAGAUGUUUGUAAAACUUCCAAGCCACUUACUCCGAAAUCAGAUAGGGAAACAAACAGUGUUGAGAGGCAUCCUCCAAGGACCAAGAUCAGACCUGUAAGUUUGCCUGUAGAUAGACUGCUUCUUCUUGCAAGCCCUCCUAAUGAGAGAAAUGUCAGAAAUAUGGGAAAUGUAAAUUCAGACAAGCUUUGCAAGAUUCCUACCUUUGAAGGAAUUAAUAAGAAAGAUACUCCUACUGUUGGUUGUUCCAUAUUGGAUGGCUUUGAGCAGUCAACGCUACAAAGCCCUCAGGAAAAACAGUGGGAACAAAAUGGCCUAACUCUAAAGACUACAGUGACUGUGCCCAGUGUGCUCCAGGACAGGGGACUGACAAGCAUGAGGACCACUGGGAGCCACCCAAUCAGUGCCGCCCAGCCCAGUAAACCAUACUCAGAACCAAUGAGGCCAGCAAGACAGGUGUCUGGGAGACGGUCCUCUGACUCCUGCCCUCCUGCUCCUGUCCGAGCGCCCAGAACACUUCAGCCCCAGCAUUGGACAACGUUUUAUAAACCACGUGCUCCCGUAGGUGGUGUGAAAGGGGAUGAGGAGAAGCCUGCAGCACCCUCCCCAGCACCGCCUCCCGGCACAGCUCCCAGCCCCCAGGGGCACUUGCUGAGAACAAUGCCAGACUCUGAAAAUGCCCCAGCUGCCCCAGUGCAGCCCACCAGGAAGCCUAAAGAGAGCUCUGAGGAGCGGGACUUGCCUGAUGUGCCUCCAGCAUGUCCGAGACCAAGGCUAAAACGAAUGCAACAAUUCGAAGACCUUGAAGAUGAAAUCCCCCAGUUUGUGUAGGGCUGUCAGAAUUCAGCUUUUCUUUUUUUGUUGUUUUGUUUUGUGGUAGUAAUGUUUUGUGAAAGAAACUUUAGACAGGGCCCCUUUUGUAUAGUAUUGCCAAGUCAUGGAUUUUGCUUUUUGUCGUCGUAUUAUGUUAUACUGUGUUGGUUAUAUUGAAUGGUAGGUUGUCUUCAUGUGGCCCCAUCAGUGCCUCACUGGAAUUAUCUGUAUUGUUAAAGUUGUGAAUAAAUAGGUGGACUCAUGUUUUUUAAAGUUCAGUUGAUUUUUCCCAUAAAAUGGUCCAUUUAAAUGCAUCCCUAAUAUAUGAUAUAGUUCUCAAAUAAUAGGUGCAAUUGAGGAAAAUCACCUCUAUUUUUUUUGAAACUACUUUGCUUAUUUAUAAAAGAAAUAUUUCUGAAUGCAAGUGCCUGAAAGAUCUUUGUUUGGUAUGAUUGUUUUGUUCACAGAAUUUUAUAAUGUGUCUUUGACCGUUCAUAUGGUAUAAAUGUAACCUUUUAUUUUUCAGUUGACAGUUCACUUUUUAAUAUUUACAUAAUGGCCAAAAGGCUUGCAAAUCUCUUUAACUGCAUUUUGGUUAAUUGCUAGAUUCUCCAGGUGGUAGUCAGUUGAAUUGUACAAAGAAAGUGCACUUAAACUUGUUUAAAUUACAUAGUUCAACUAUGCCUUAUUUGGCUUUAGGUGGUUUUAAUACAUUUAAUAUUUUUUUACCUCUUGGCUUUGUUCUACAUAAACUUUUGUUCAACAGUUCUGAACCUUUUGGUAUUUUAUUUAAUGGUCCAAAAAUGUUUUAAAAUUCAAUGCAUUUCCUCUUCA